AUGUCGUCUAUGUUUGAAUCCGACAAGCUAAGCUACCGCGCCUACGAGCCGCUGAAUGACUUUGACACUCUUCACGCCAUUCGCACCAAUGCAGAUGCCUUUCGCCAAGCAUACUGGGAUGACCCGGUACCACAAUCUGUCGAAGAUACGAACGCGUUCGCCACUCGAGUGCGGUCCAAGUACAUUCUAUUCGUGAUAAUCUACCUCAAAUCGCUGGACCAUGAGGAGGCUAAGAAAGAUAACCCGAUUGGAUACAUUGGCUUGUCCAAGCCAGAAGAGAUGCAGACCAUGCAUAGGAACACCAGAGUCUCCAUCAACAUCGUACCCAACUACCAAGGCAAAGGCUACGGGACAGAAGCUAUACAAUGGUCACUCGGAUGGGCAUUUCGAGUUUAUGGGAUGCAUCGUGUCAUGCUUCGAGUGCACGAACGCAACCAGAAAGCCUUGAAUCUGUACAGGAAGCUCGAGUUCCAAGAAGAGGGAAUCUGGAGGGAGCAUUUUUGGUACGAAGGCAGGUUCUGGGGUUGCAUACAACUUGGUAUGCUGGAUCGGAAGUGGGAGGAGAAGCAGAUGGUGAAGUGA